AUGCGCAUCCUCCUGGGCCUCGGCGCCAUCCUCGGUGUCCUAACCACCUUGAUGUACACGCUAGACUCACACCUGGAGAAAUUCUACAUCUUCACGCCUUCCGGCCUACACACCCUCUCUCAAGAAGCCAUUGCCCUACACGGAAACGACACAGCAUCCGUCGUCUCCCACAUCGUCACUUCCCUCUCCGCAAUCCACGGGCCCCACAUCAACCUCGACGAAGAAUGGAUUUUCAACAACGCAGGCGGUGCCAUGGGCGCCAUGUACAUUAUCCACGCAUCUAUUACUGAGUAUCUGAUUGUUUUUGGUACUGCGAUUGGGACGGAGGGUCAUACGGGACGGCAUACCGCGGAUGACUACUUCCAUAUUCUCAAGGGCGAGCAGGUGGCUUAUGCGCCUGGCAAGGGCGUUUAUGGGGCUGAGAGGUAUCCGCAGGGGAGUGUGCAUCAUCUUACUAGGGGUGAUGUUAAGCAGUACAAGAUGGAGGGUGAAUGCUUUGCGCUGGAGUAUGCGAGGGGAUGGAUCCCGCCUAUGCUUGGGUUUGGGUAUGCUGAUACCUUUUCGAGUACGUUGGAUUUCCCAACGUUGUGGAGGACUACCGUGGUUACCGGGCGGGAGAUGAUUGGAAACCUGAUGAUGGGCAAGUUGUGA